GCAAGUGAACUUGGUUCUGUAAUAAUUGUGAUACUAUAGUACUGCCUGAAAUUGGACCCAUAUUUUCUGGCAUCACCUUAACCAUUAACUCUCUAACGAAGACCUUAAGUGUCAUGAAAUCUUGUGCAGAUACUACUUAUUUUGGACCCACUUCAUUUUAAUUAUCACCUCAACAAGUUUAGAGAGAGGACCAUCAAAGAGUUGGUCUUUCUCCAUUUCCCAUGUAGUCAACAAAUAAAGUUUGUUGCAGUUUUCUUGUUUGGUCCUCAAAUGUAAACAUAAAAAAAAAAAAAACAUUUACAAGUUUUCAUCUUUUACCCUUUUCUUGGAUUCAACCUAAAGUUCUUAACUUUAUAGUUCUAUGGAGGUUUAUGGAGGGUUCUUGUUAUUGGGUUUGCUUGUAAUGCAGCUUCCUCUAGUAAUAAUGGCAGCAGCUGACUGCCCUUUGGAUUUGAGUGACUCAAACUUCACCCUAGCAGCUUCUUUAUGCUCUAACAAGGAGGAGAGAGGAAAGUGUUGCCGCUAUAUAAAUGCUUUUGUUGCAGUCUCAGUUGCUCGUUAUGCUAAUGGAACUAGCGACCUAGGAGUUACCUCCAAUUUUUCUGAUAUCUGCCUCCAUUCCAUUUCACAAACAAUGGAACUAUAUGGAGUUCCAAAAAAUGCUACAGCUUUUUGCGGCUUUGGGACUAAAAUCACAGUUAAUUAUGAGUGUAAGGGUCGAACAACUGUCGCACAGAUGCUGCGGUCUCCAAAGUUUACAGAUGUUAUGCAAAAUUGCAAAGUGCCAUUUUCAGCGGAAAGCAGCUGCAAGAAGUGUUUAAAUGCUGGAAUUGUGUAUCUUCACCAUCUCGUGGGAACAGAUAAUAACUUAACAUUGAGUACUUGCCGUGAUGCAAGUUUUGCUGCUCUUGCAAGCCAAAUUGACUAUGCUUCAGCUGUUGAUUUGGCAAGCUGUUUCUUUGGAGUUCAAGGGCUCAAUAUCCCUGCUGAGGUAUCCCCAUCCACACUUAGUCCUGAGGCUCCACCAAGUUCAUUGAUUGCUGCAAGUCCAAGCCAACUUGUAUUGGGAGUGAAAAUAGACGAUAACCAACAUCGCUACCACCUGACACUAAUUCCGGCUGUUGGCAUUGCUGUUACAGUUAUUUCUGUUACAAUGCUGUUGGUCUUGAUAAUUCUUAUUCAUAAAAAACACAAAGAGCUAGAAGAAUCAGAAAAUAUAGACAAGCCCUCUACAAAAACAUUUCCCCCUCCUAGACCUAUACGUAAAUUACAAGAAGGUUUGGGACCUACGUCAAUGUUUCAAAAAUUCAGCUACAAGGAAACUAAGAAGGCAACUAAUAACUUCAACACAAUCAUCGGGCAAGGGGGAUUCGGAACAGUCUAUCACGCUCAAUUUAGCGAUGGCUUGGCGGUUGCAGUAAAGCAGAUGAACAAAGUUUCAGAGCAGGGGGAAGACGAUUUCUGCAGAGAGAUAGAACUUCUUGCUCGUCUUCAUCACCGUCACCUAGUAUCUUUAAGAGGUUUUUGCAUCAAAAAACAAGAGAGGUUUCUGAUGUACGAGUACAUGGCAAAUGGAAGCUUAACAGAUCAUCUUUACUCCCCGGGAAAGAAUCCUCUGGCUUGGCACACUAGAAUUCAGAUUGCUAUUGAUGUCGCUAAUGCUCUGGACUACCUCCAUUUCUACUGUGAUCCUCCUCUCUGCCACAGAGACAUUAAGUCGAGCAACAUUUUACUGGACGAAAACUUUGCUGCCAAGCUUGCAGAUUUUGGCCUUGCACAUGCUUCGAAAGAUGGCUCUAUUUGCUUUGAACCCGUAAAUACUGAUAUCCGAGGAACUCCAGGUUAUAUGGAUCCUGAGUAUAUGGUCACUCAAGAGCUCACUGAGAAAAGUGAUGUGUAUAGUUAUGGCGUUGUGCUCUUGGAGAUGGUAACUGCAAGGCGAGCAAUUCAAGACAACAAGAAUUUGGUGGAAUGGUCUCAAACAUUCAUGGAAUCAGAAUCAAGGCUGCACGAAUUGGUGGACCCUUGUAUCCGCGACUCUUUUGAUUACGACCAGCUUCAAACAGUAUUAGCAAUUGUGAAAUGGUGCACGCAGAGGGAAGGAAGGGCCCGGCCUUCAAUCAAGCAGGUUCUCAGGCUUUUGUACGAAAGCUCUGACCCAAUGCAAAGUGGGUUCUUACAAGCUAUAGAAGACGAAGAGUAUGAGGGAAGUGAAGGAAGAGGAAGGAGAAGUAAAGGAAAAAUGCACAGAAGUGAUCCGGCUUUUCACAGCGGAGAUGGAAGAUGUCUUGCUUCUUCUUCGAGCACAUCAAGGUCGUACUGUAGCAGAAGCUUUUUACUAGAAACUGGUUCUCCACAAUCUCCCUCCAACAUACUCUCUGUCUGAGGUGAGUCAUUCUCCUGCUUCAAGCCCUUCAGUCACCAAUCAAAAUUUUCUAGUGCUUGAUGGGAAUCAUCGUCGAGGCAUAUUGAUUGCAUGGAAACUGUCGAAAUACGAGGUACACAUAGUUUGUCGGCUUUGCUGUGUGGAUUUUGCUUCAUAGAGCAUGUCAAUGACUGCAAGAUUGUAUCACUAGUUAGAUACCUUAUUUUGUCUUAUGUCUUGAUAUUUUUUUGGCUAGAAUUAAGGCAUAGAUAUAACAAUUUUUGCUUGCAUUAGCUGUAAAAAUAGCUUGAUGUAACAUGAAAAUUCUUGUAUUUGUAUUACUUAGAGGAAAAGCUCAAUUGGAUCUAUUGA